AUGUUCCCCGGAAGAGGAGGGGCAGAGUCCCAGGACGGGCAUCUGGACAUGCAGCUGACAGGCAAGCUGGGGCUGUCCGCCGCUGUCCUGCUCCUGGUGACCGCAGCCUACAGGCUGUACAGGUUGAGGCCUGCCCAGGCCCCACUGGGGGGCAGGAACGCCAAGGCCAAAGCCGAGGAGGAGGAAACCCAGGGCUCCAGGCAGCCGGCGGUCCAGGGGCCUGUUCCCCGGGCACCACACCGGGCUCCGAGACGCCGGAGGGGAAGCCAGGGGGCCGGAGCACUGCUGGGCUGUGGCUGGGAGACUCAAGGGGGCUCCCGAGUCCUGGCAACAGGACCCUCUCCCGAAGACUCAGAAGCCCAAGAGGCUUGGGAGCCUGAGAAGAAGGGCGCUGGUGCUGAAGGGGGUGGGCAGGGCCCGGUCUCUGAGCUGCCCCCUCCUCGCCGCAGUGGCCAGGAAGCCGGAACAGCUGUUGGUGGUAAGCCCGAGCCGCCCCCCCACCCCACUCCGGGCAGCGAGCCCCACAGUUCCCCACCUGGCCUCGCUGUGGCAGAGGGGAGUGGUGCGGGUGCUGAGCCUGCCCCAUGGCGGGACGAUGGACCCCAGGGGCCACAGGGGCUCCGGGACCUCAUGGGGCAGGAGUGCUCCCCUACGAGCCUCAUGGCCCCCAAGGAAGGCAUGAGUGACAUGAGCAGGAGUUCGGUCUUCACUCGCGUGACGGGGGUCCACAGGGGAGAGGCCGGGGCCCUCCAGGCCGCCGCGGACAUGGGCCUCACCCUGCAUCAGUGGGAGGGAGCCUCCAGCGCCUCCUACACCUACUCGUCUGUGUCCCGGCUCCGCGUGGAGGACAGUUUCAUACCGGCAGAGGGGAUCGGACCCAGGCUGAAGGGCAAGGUGUAUGAUUACUAUGUCGAGUCCAUUUCCCGGGCCACCUCCAAGGGCAGGCUUGCCCCCAGGACAGCUGCCCCGGCUGAGGCCCCACUCCCCGUGGCCCCGCCAGAUGCCCCAGGAACAGGGGCCCCUUCAGGAGGCCGGGAACAUGGAGCCGAAAUGCCCACGACCUCCCAGCCUGCGCCGUCGCCCUCCACACAAGGCUUCAGCAGGAAGCCGAGCCUCCUCCGCAUCACAGAGAACCCGGAGCUCCAGCUCCAGCUCGAUGGCUUCGGGGCUCCCGCUCCAUCCUGCCCAGACCAGGGUCCCCCACCCGGCCACCCCCUUCCCCAGGCUUCCCUUGGGUCUUGUUCAGCCCAAAGCGGUGGGGAGCCCCAUGUAGAGCUCGUGGCGGGGACCAAUUUCUUUCACCUCCCGCUGGCCACCGGCUCAGCGCUGGACAUGAACCUGGAUCUGGGCAACUGCUACCAGGUGCUGACCUUGGCCAAGAAGCAGAAGCUGGAGGCGCUGAAGGAAGCAGCCUACAAGGUGAUGAGUGACAACUAUCUCCAAGUGCUACGCAGCCCGGACAUCUACGGGCGCCUGAGCGGGACAGAGCGGGAUCUGAUCCUCCGCCGUCGCCUGCGGGGCCGCAAGCGCCUGGUGGUGGCCGACGUGUGCCCCCAGGAGGGCUCCGGCCGGCUCUGCUGCUAUGAGGAAGAGCAGGACGCCUGGCACCCGCUGGCCCGUCUGCCCUCCGAGGCCAUGUCCCAAGGUUGUGCCCUCUGCAGUCUCUAUAACUAUCUCUUCGUGGUGUCCGGUUGCCGGGGGUCUGGGCACCAGCCCUCCAACCGCGUCUUCUGCUACAACCCACUGACCGGGAUCUGGAGCGAGGUGUGCCCGCUGAACCAGGCCCGGCCGCACUGCCGGCUGGUGGCCCUGGACGGCCACCUGUACGCCAUUGGGGGCGAGUGUCUGAACACGGUGGAGUGCUAUGACCCCCGCCUGGACCGCUGGACCUUUGCACCGCCGCUCCCCAACGAGACCUUCGCCCUGGCGCACACGGCCACGGCGUGUGCCGGCGACAUCUUCGUCACGGGCGGCACCCUGCGCUUCCUGCUGCUCCGAUUCUCGGCCAGGGAGCAGCGCUGGCAGGCCGGCCCCACGGGGGGUGGCAAGGACCGCACAGCCGAGAUGGUGGCUGUCAACGGCUUUCUCUAUCGAUUUGAUCUCAACCGCAGCCUGGGCAUCAGCGUGUACCGCUGCAGCGCCAGCACCCGCCUCUGGUACGAGUGCGCCACGUACCGGACUCCCUACCCAGACGCCUUCCAGUGCGCCGUGGUGGGCGACCUCGUCUAUUGCGUGGGGCGCCGCCGCUCGCUCUGCUUCCUGGCUGACCACAUCUCACCCAGGUUUGUGCCCAAGGAGCCGCGGAGCUUCCCCUCCCCGCAGGGCACCCUCCUGCCCACCGUCCUGACCCUGCCUGUCCCCGAUGUGCCUCAGACCAGUGUCUAGCUACCCCGGCCACUGGACUUCUCCUGCACAACUGGGAAGCGAAAAGCACCCUCCCCCCCCCUUUCCUCCACUCUGUGGGUCAUUUCUGGGCGAGCAGGCAGCUCAGGAGUUUGGCCAGCGAGAGGGGAAUUCUAACUCUACCUCCUCCUCUGGCCGGGGCUUCCGAUGCAUCUCUGCUGCCCGUGGGGUGCGGAAGAGCAGUGUGAAAAUAGAACCAGGGACCAGUGUCGCUGAGGGCAGCACUGUGUGCGGGGAUGGGCACCAUCUUGCUUCAACUCUGACUUCUUGGGGGAAGGGGUAUCAGGACCCCACCAAAGUCCAGGGGCACAGCCUUCCUGCAACCACAGUUCAGGUGCCAGCUGACCCCCAAUAUAACUCUUCAAGCCCACCCUGCUGGAGGUGGGCCAGCCCUCUAUAAGCCACCAGGCUCCCCUCUGAAACAUUAGCCACUGAGCCCCUACCUCCUGGGUUCCCAGAAGCACCUGGAACACAAAAGGAGGGUGUUUCUGGCUAUGCCGGGAGCCCCAGGGAGCCCCCAGGGGUCCCACCAGAGGAGAGAUGGUUGGAGAAGUUCAACAGCUAUAGUUGGAGCUGUCCAUGGACUCUUCUCUGCAGAGCAAAUUGACCAUUACCCACUUCUCCUUACCUAGAACUCUAGUCUAGAAGAAAUUCCUGUUAGCAGCCAUUUGAAAACAUCUUGUACUGGUCUGCUAAGAACACCAGUGGCUGCCACAUAUGGGGUUUCAGGAGUGGGAGGAGAAGACAUGACCUGAGGGCCACCAUCCUCCUGGGCCCUUGCUUGGGCCCAUUGCUGACUGACCACUGCCUCCCUCCCUGCAUUUCCCGAGCCUGCACAUACUGCAUCCAAUCAGCACAGCCCUGACAUCGGAGCAGUGGGAGGGGAGUGAGGGCAGCCACUCCCAGGCACCCCGCCAGGGCUGGGGAGAGACGAUGGCAUCAUUUGCUCUCCCUGUGCCAUGUGAUCACCUGGUGUGCCUGGUCAGACAGCAGACCGGGGAGGGACAGGCCUGUGAGGGAGCUGAGGAAGGAGAAAAUUCUAGUGGAGCAUCUAGUGGACACUGGGAUCUCCUCCCACAUCAGGGUGGGUGAAUCUGUAAAGGACAGAACUCCCCCCCACCCCCGCCAACCUCAGGAAGUUGCCCGUUCUUCCUGAAAGGAAGAGAGAGAGACUGGCCUGACCUAUUGCCACAGCCCCGUUCCUGGGUUGAAGGUGACACAUAUACAGACAGAGGGGUGGCGAAGCUCUCUGGGCCGGCCGGGAGCCAGGGCAGCUGGGACUCUUCUAAAGUGACAAGCCACCUGGAGGGGAGAAGUGGAGACGGGGGUGCAGCAGGGCAGGCCCGACAAACAGGGAGCUCAGGACGCUUCGGACUUCGGCGUUCCUACCUUGAAAAUGGGAAGGAACAUUCAUGGCCUUCUCUGGCCAGAGAAACAAGAACACCUGGAGAAAGUUCUCCCCAAGGCCCCUUGGGGGUCUGGGCAGGAGCCCGCGUUCACAGCAGCUGCUGGGCUGAGCUGAGACCUUCCUGGAAAAUGAAGGAAUAACAGCGAGGUUGGCAUGGAGACGAGAACUUUAUUGGACCCCUCGAAGCCAUCACCCCCAUUCUAGGGCCUGGAGGGCGAGGCUGCCUGGUGUUUAUUCCUAAAUCGGAGGUGGGGAGAGGACGGUGAGUUGGGGCUAUGGCUGGAGCCUGGUGACCCUACCCCACCCCCGAGGCAGUGCUCAAGCAUGAGCCUCCAAGGGACCCUUGGUGCGGAAGGGGUGGUAACUCAGUGUCAGGAUGUCAAGCUGCGGUUUGCUGGGGAGGUGAACCCACUCUGGCAGCUGAGGGCAGGUGAAGCCAUACCCAGUCCCCAAGGGCAGGCCGCCAUCGAGGGGCCAGGCCAAGCAGGGGGAUUGUGGGGGAGGCUCCAAGCCAAAAGGGCACUAGGGAUCCCUCCAGAAACCUUUCAGAGCCCUGCUGCAAACACCUGGCUGGGACCAGGGAGUCAAAUCCAGGGACAAGGCAGAAGAGUUCAUUACAUACCCAGUGAUGGUGUGGGUGUGGUCUUCAUGAUGAACGAAGCUCCGAGAUCCAUCUUCCUCCCUGUGGUCCCUCACAGACAUCACUAAUCGACUGGCCUAUCUUUUCCUGUUGAGCCUCAGAACUGGUCCAACCUGGGCCCUCAGCCAUCAUCACUGAUAGGUUAGAGCUGGUGUGUUCCUCGUAGCUGGCCUGGUCUCUAGAACGGGCUUUAGGGAAGGGAAGCGAGUGGUCAGGGCCUUCAUGGUAGGGCAAGGUAGUUCAGGGAGCCCACAGACUCCACGUGGGGCCAUGACACUCAGGAUUCUGAGUCAUGACUCAUGACACUGACGACCGUUUAGGCUGGGCACUGCUCUGAGCACCAUGCUGGGAAUGCAGCAGAGCCCUGCCCUUACAGAGCUCACUUUCUGGUGGAGGAAAACGGGCAAUUUUAAAAAAUAAAUGCAUAGGGGCCUGGGUGGCUUAGUCAGUUAAGCGUCCGACUUUCACUUAGGUCAU